CUUCGUCCCACACCUAGGUAGUUGUCUACCAUUCUUCCUCGCUUCUUCUAGGUUGUCUGCUUGCUUGUUUUAACUUUAACUCCCCUGUUUCUCUCUGCGCUACCAAGUUGCCCCUGCUUCCAUUGCUUUCCUCUGUCUCUCUCUUCACUUGAAUCAGAUUACAUGGCUUCUUCUUCUCGUCAAUCAGAGAUUGAGAUUGUAAAUGCUUUUCAUGGCCUUGCUCCACCCUUCCCACCUUCACCUUCAUCUGCAUCUACUUCUGCUACAUCUGCAUCACCAUUGCAGAAGUCGCCCUGUGAUAUUUUUAUUAAUCAUCGCGGACCCGAUGUGAAACACAAGCUCGCCAGAGAUAUCCACAAUGCCCUCUAUGCCAUGGGUCUCAAGGUCUUUCAAGAUUCCGAAGAUCUUGAGUUGGGGGAUUUCUUCCCUGCAGAACUACAAGAAGCAACGUCCACUGUUUUUUUUCAUAUUGUUGUUGGGAUUAGGAAAUUGGCGUCCACUUGGAAGAUUCUACAUUUUGGGAAGGUGUUGUCAUAUAUGGAGUGGAAAUUGAUUUGACAAUUUCCCAUGUUGACUAAAGAGUCUUGGCUUGUGUUUUCUCAGCUAAUAUUUAUGGCGGAGUUCACUUUUGACAAGUGGUGUGAGGUAAGGAAAGCGCCUAUUCCUAGUUAUGAGAGUUACUAUGGCAAGAUAUCCAUGUUGGGUGAGAUAGGUGUUAGUGCUUUGGAAGUUGCUAUGUGCAACAUGUCAUGAUAAUGGUAAUUGUAUUUUUUAUGACACAAUUUAUCUCUAAGGCUUUGAAGUUGGUUUUGGAAACCAUGGAAGCUUACUACUUUGUAUUGAACUUUAUAAAUAUGUGAUGCCUUGGCUUAUUGUAGAUGAGAAGUUAAAAAACAAUGUUAUGCUGUCGGAAUUACUCCUGAAUCUUGUAAUAGUGUGAAGACUCCUGAAGAGCAUAGCUCCGAGAUUGUAUUGUAACUGUUGUUGUUGCUGAAUAAUACAAUUGA